AUGCCCCGAGGCCUCGCGCAUGCGUCAGUGAGGCUUCAUUGUCCCCGGAAGAUCCAGUUCCGCCGCAACCUCAGCAACCACGAGCAGCCACAGCUUGCUUCGGUGAAGAGGGUGUCCCUGGGCGAGGGGAGGCCACCCCGGAGGUCCGUCGAAGAGACAGCGCGCGAUGGCUCUGCCAAAGGAAGAACGGCGGGGCAGGAGGAUAAUGAUGACGGCAAAGACGAGAUAGAGCAGCACUGGGCGCGCAUGUCGCCGUCGUCCAGCAGCAUCCGACGAGCGUUUUCCGGGAUCCAGCCCACGGGCGUGCCUCACCUGGGCAACUACCUCGGGGCGCUGCGGCAGUGGAAGCGCCUGCACGACCAGUCGACCGACCCGAAAUUCGCCAUGCAUUACCGCUACGAGCAGUACUUUUCCGUCGUCGACCUGCACGCCCUGACGGCCGAGACGCCGGCGUCCGAGCGUCUACGUCUGCGCAAGGAGUCGUACGCGGCCCUCCUGGCUCUGGGCCUGAACAACAACAGGAACACGACGCUGUUCUUCCAGUCCGAUGUCCCGCAGCAUGCGUCGUUGAUGUGGAUUUUGAGUACCAUUGCCUCGACAGGGUACCUGUCCAGAAUGACUCAGUGGAAGAGCAAGUUGAACUUGCCCGAAAAUGCCACCCUCGAAAGCGACGAAGCCACAGCGAAGCUCAAGCUCGGCCUGUUUUCGUACCCCGUCCUCCAAGCUGCCGAUAUAUUGCUCUAUCAACCAUCCAUUGUGCCCGUGGGGGAGGAUCAACUACAGCACAUUGAGUUUACGCGGACAUUGGCCCGGGGUUUCAACGCCCUGGUCAGGGAAUCUGCAGGUGGGAAUGUCUUCCGAAUACCUUGGCCGGUAAUAUCCCCAGCCAAACGGGUCAUGUCCCUGAAGCGCCCAGAGCAGAAGAUGUCCAAGUCUGAUCCGGAUCCCAAAUCUCGAAUCCUGGUGACUGACAGCCCAGAGGAGAUACACGCGAAGCUCCGAGGCGCCGUGACGGAUUCAGAGCCGGGCAUAUCUUUCGAUCCUCAACGGCGGCCAGGGGUAUCCAACCUGGUCGAGAUACUGCGACACGUGACCGAGUCGCGGGAAUCCAGCGCAUACAUCGCCCAGGACAACGCCAACGUCAGCAUGCGUGCGUUCAAGGAGAUGAUUGCGGACGAGAUCAUCUCGGCGUUGCGGGGCGUGCGCGACAACUUCCUCGCCAUCAUGGACUCUGGAAAUGAGCGGCUUCGCGAGGAAAUCGAAUGGGGCGGCGCAAAGGCGCGACGCAAAGCCCGCACGACCCUCGACGAGGUCCAGCAGGCCCUGGGGCUGUUUGGGGUCACACUGUCGGAGGAGGAGGCGACCCGGAUCCGGGAGCGCCGGAGACAAGCCGUGCGCAAGGACCUGGGUACCGACCUGAACAUCGAAUCCAACCCGUUUGAGUCCGAGGGGGAGGACGCGAGAUUUGACGAGGACUUACCCGCCAGAAGCAAAGAUCCAGGGCCACACCAAAAGGAGACUGUGGAGUCUGUCGAGCAAGGCAAGGUGUGA